CACAACAUUGUUGCUCGCCAACAGAUAAGGAUCACAUCUGAAAAAAGGCCUAUCGAAUCAUUACAAAAUGCUAUUUCCCUGUAAAUUUCAAAGUAUUUCGACAACUUGUUUCGGCUUCCUGUCGGCCGCAUUAUUGUACGUGUCGUUGGCGAUGGCUGAAGCUGAGGAAACCAACAACAUUCUUCAUUUUCGACUCAAAAAAACGAUGAGAUCUGAAAACAAACAAGAUGGUUUAGACGUCAUCUUUCCUGGUUACUACCCCGACUCGUUGCCCGUGGAUUUACCUGAAAACAAGACGACGACGGCGGAUCCAAUCCAUGCGGAUGGAAAUUCUACGGCACCAAAAAGGAAAAGUACUUCGGGAUAUCCGGUCGACUGGUCUGCCGUGGCGGAACUUUAUUACAGGUCCGUCGACGGGGGAUCAAGGAGAAAUCCACCGGCGCCAUCUUCGUGAUGUGAAA